AUGGAAGGGCGAUGUCUCACUGAAAUGAUUGAUACGUUAGACGAAACGAGUGGAGAGAUAGGUGGUGUGCCAUCUCCAAAAGUCACAAAUGGAGUUGUAGUGCCUCUUGAAGGUUUGGCAGUGGCAUCGGAUGUCAUUUCUGAUGCCACUGCUGAGCAUCUUCACAAUUGUGCACCGUUUAUAGCGAAGUUAUAUAGUUUAGUGAACACAAUAGAAUAUAAAGAUAUGAUAGGUUGGUCUAAUACGUUCAAAGGGUAUUCCAUUUGUGUGAAAGACCCCGUCCAAUUUGCUAAAGAAGUCUUACCAAAGAACUUUAAACAUUCAAAUAUGGCUUCCUUCGUACGACAAUUAAACAUCUACGGGUUCCAUAAGCUCGAGAGUAAGGAUGGGGUAUGCUUUAAACACGAAUUCUUCCAAAAGGACCACCCAGAUUACCUCCAAAAAAUUAAACGGAAAAAGACAAAGAAAAAUAAAAGUCUUAGUCCUCAUUGCCAACAAGAAGUCAAUAAAGACUUCACACUCGAAUCACCAAUCCAAACAGGUUUCAACGGGGACAACAGCUUGUUCAAUGUCAUGGCGCUCAAAAUCGACUUGGGAAAGGUCCAAAACCAAGUCCAAGAAAUGAGAGGCGAGAUCGUCGAAAGCAGAAAUAAGUGGACUCUUUUACAAAGAAGAAUGGACCAACUCGAUCAGAUGCUCAAUCUCCUCUAUUCGUCAUAUUCUAACUUCUCAAAUCUCCAGAUCCAAAAUCAAAACCCUUCACCUCAAGGAAACGGGUAUGGACAAAUACCAAAAUUCAUGGAAUAG